AUGUUCAGUUCCAGCGCCAAGAUUGUAAAGCCCAAUGGCGAGAAGCCCGACGAGUUCGAGUCCGGCAUCUCCCAGGCUCUGCUGGAACUGGAGAUGAACUCUGACCUCAAGGCCCAGCUGCGGGAGCUGAACAUCACCGCGGCCAAGGAAAUUGAAGUCGGUGGCGGCCGGAAAGCUAUCAUCAUCUUCGUCCCCGUUCCUCAGCUCAAGUCUUUCCAGAAGAUCCAGGUCCGGCUGGUGCGUGAGCUGGAGAAGAAGUUCAGCGGCAAGCACGUCGUCUUCAUCGCUCAGAGACGGAUUCUGCCGAAGCCAACUCGAAAAAGCCGGACCAAGAACAAGCAGAAGCGGCCCCGGAGCCGCACGCUGACCGCCGUGCAUGACGCCAUCCUGGAGGACCUGGUCUUCCCCAGCGAGAUCGUGGGCAAGCGCAUCCGCGUGAAGCUGGACGGCAGCCGGCUCAUCAAGGUGCACCUGGACAAGGCGCAGCAGAACAACGUCGAGCACAAGGUUGAAACUUUCUCUGGUGUCUAUAAGAAGCUCACAGGCAAGGACGUUAAUUUUGAAUUCCCAGAGUUCCAACUGUAA